AUUAAAAGGUUCUGUGCUACCAACAUUAAGCAAAGUAUAUUGUGCAUUCCUUUCAUACUGAAUGCAAUAUUUGACAGCUUUAUUGAGUGUUAUCAAAGCUGCAAGCAGCAGCAAAGUAGUGUCUAAUCUAGCUAUUUAGUUGGACAAAGGGAAAUUAAAAGUUUUGAUAUGGGUGGAUUGUCAGGUUUCUAAUAAAGGUUUUUGCUCAAUUUGACCUAUGUGACUGAUUUUUAAUCAUUUAUUUUACUUAUGGGCAUGUGAGUAUUGUUUAAUGAAAAAAUGUGAACCUAUCUUUUAAGAAAAAACUAAACAAAAGAAAGAAAGAAAGAAAGAAGAGACAGCAUUUGGGUUAAACUGGGAAGUAAAGACAAUUUGUUGCUGGGCUGUACCACUUAGGUUUAUCUGGUUUAUUAAAACAUCUCCGACAAAACAGCAAGAACUUACUACAGUAACUCAGUAGCACUAACAGAACAAAUAACUCGACAUCAGGGCUCCCAAAGGCAUACUAUUUCCUUCCACAGGAAAGGAAAAGGCGUUGCUGAGAAUGAUAAGGUUUUACUCCCCCAGAAAGUGUUCUGCCCACAAUUAUCACUCUCCUGCAGGUUGAUAUACACAGAUUUUUGCUCCAAGAAAUUAAUUUCCCUUGCUUAAGUCUGUGCAGAUAGAAGACAAGAAGAGCCCUUCAAAAUGUGCGACAGAAGAAAACUGCUUCUUGCUGCAAUUGUGUUCUACUACAAAGUGACUGCAGGGAGCCCAAAACUGCUGGACAUGGCCCCAGAUGCUGUCGAUUACGUGUACGAUGAAUGCCGUAAAGAGGCCAUGGAGACAUUUAUCCAUUCAGGCCUCUUACAGAAAGAGCUAAACGCUAGUGAGGGAUUCCAGAGAGCAUGGAGCGCAAAAACUUCCUGUUCAAAGCUGAUCCCUGGAGGAACAAAAGAACACACUGCUGCACUUUUAGCUUAUGCUGACGGGGAGGCAGAAUUUACAGAGACCUUUGACAUUGCAGUAGAGACUACGGGUGGAAAUGUUAGCACCUAUGAAAACCACUUCCAUUUCAAGUCCCUUCACUUCCUGCUCAUGGAUUCAAUGUCGCUGCCGAAUCCAAAGGAGAAAUGCAAGAUUGUGCAUUUUCUCACAGACAAAUACACGGCACAAAAGGGCUCAAAGAUGAGAUUUGGAAAGUUCACCAAAGUUCAUUCAAGCUACAGUGCGGCUCAGAGUAUGACUGACUUGGAUGAUCAAGUCAUCUUUAAUAUCACUUCUUGCUUCUUUGUCAACCUGGGAGACGACAUCUGCAGUGAAGACCAGGGUAUGGUCCUCUUAUCUCCAGCUGAAGUGUUCACUGUGGAAGCUGUCAAUGUAAUAACUGACGAGAGAAAUGAUGCUGAAUACACUGAGAUCGUUUUGAAACACUCUGAACUGAAGAAAUCAGACAACUGCAAAAGUUUGUCACGGUCCCCAGCUGAUGGCUCCACCCAGUGGCUUGUGUUGAUGCUCGUGGCUUUAUCUCUUUUUUUCUUUAACUAUUGAAAACAAAUGGAAAGUAAUCAGCAGAUUGCACUGAGAGUUAUUACAACAGAAAACGCUGCUUUGUUUUUUUAUAGUUGAACAAUAAUCUGUUUUGCUGUGAUGCUGCCAAUUAAGGUGCAGCAAGCUUUUGUAGUCAGCUGCAAAAAUGUAGUCAUAACACUAUUUUUUAAUCACUUCAACCACAUUUUCUAUACGAAUAUCAGUGGAAAUAUACUGCUUUAAUAUAUGAGUUGAGCGUUACAUAAACAAAUAAACAGACUGCACUGCUCUUGUCUUGCCUUAUCAUUUUUUACACCUGUAUGUAUAUAUAUUCCAGGGCUGAUUUUUGAGCACCUGUUCAUGUGACAACUACAAUAAAAGCAGUUUGCAAACAG